AUGGGCGCAGACUGGCUGGGCAACGCUGUCGGCACGCCCCCGCGGCGGAGUGCGCGUCGUGGCGCGGGGCCCCUGCCCGUGGAGCUGCCAGUGCAGCGGGCCAUCGAGCGGGCAGAGCUGCGGUCCUUCCCGCGGGCGCGCGCGGACGCCCGGCGCUUGAUCCGGCUCGCCAGCGACGACAAGGACGUGCCGCUGGGCGCGGUGGAGCACUGCAGGGCGCGCCGCAGUCUAGCGGCCAUCGAGGCGCUGGAGCCCGUGGAGCGGCGGGCGGCGCAAGGCAACAGGGCGGUCGACGCGCUCGCCAGGCUGACAGCCGAAGGAGACGUUGGUUUCGGCAGGGAGCCGGCCGUGCCAGAAGCUGCCGACAGGGUGGCCUGGGCGCUACACAAUAUCGGCCAGUGGCACGAGCAGACCGAGAUUUGGGGCGACACCGCGGAGCGCCCAGAGCAGCGGGAGGGCGGGGUGGGCCGCGGGUGUAUCCCUCGCCCCUGCGGAGCACGACCUGGAGGAGAUCGAGCGUGGAGAAUCGAGGUGCCGACGGCGUGGCCGACGCGCGUUCGCAGCGGUCCCCAGAAGCACUUGUGCCGGAGCGCGUGCAACCCCAAGCCGUGGAGGCGCCUGGGCGACCGCGCUGAGGAUGGUGGCAUCAGGGCCCUGGGAAUGCGGGUGGGCAGCUGCAGCCUCGGCGCCGAAAGAGGGUGCCACGGGGCGCCCCCCGGCAGCGGCCGACCAGAGGCCCGCGCCCGCACCUUCGAGGAGAAGGCGGCGCACCCUCGAGGCAGCGCGGGAGGCAGGCGGCAGUGCGCGACGGAGUAUUGCGCGAUGCUCGCGGAGCGCGACCUGGCCCCGCCCGCCGAGCUUCGGCGCAGUGUGGAGGCACCGCCGCGGCCUCCCACGGCGCAGCGGCACGGCCAGAGCGGCGGCGCGCCGGCGCCGCAGCAGAGCGCCGGGGAGGUCUCUCAGCCAGCGGAGGUGUCCCAGCCAGACCACGACGCGCUGAUGGGGGAGAUGUUCGCGCGGACGAGCGAGCUCGAGAGAGUGGCAGCGGAAACCGUCAGCGGGAUUGCCCAAGACCUGGGGGGCCCGCAGCUCAUUGCCAAAGCCAACCACUUGAAGGAGGUCGGCGGCAUCUCCGAUCUGCGCACGCACGUCGAGAAGGUCGCGAAGGACGAGGGCAUGCUGUUGAUGUCGAAGGUGCAAGAGGCCAUGGAUGUGAACUUAGACCUUGAACUCCUGGACUCGCCCAUGAAGCUCUUCGACUCUAUGCCACCAGUGGGCAUCAUCGUUGCUGGCAUUGCAGCUCCAAUGCAGCUGCGCUCCAUCAAGGCAAGUUCCGAGUCUUCCAUCCUCACGAACGGUAUCCUCUUGUCUGUGGGCGUUGGCGUCGGCUUCGUGGACUGGAACGUGCCGUGUCACGACAAGCUCGUCUGGGUCUGGCUGCUCGUGAUCCUGAUGAUCAGCUCGUUCCUGGUGCUCUGCCACGCCUGGCUCAAAGCGGAGUGCGGCGCGGGUCUCGACGCCAUCGAGAAGGAACAGGCCGAGUCGAAGACAGUGAAAACCGGCAACGACGUGUGGGACACGUUCGUGUCGUUGAAGAGCGGGAGCGGUUCUGUCUUGAAGGCGCUGUACACGUACGACAAGAUCGCGAAUUCUCGGACCUGGCAUAUUCCUUGA